AUGAGUGGGAUGAUAAUAAGAACACCCACACGGACAAAGACAAAGUCAUUCAAUGGGAAGCAGAUGGAUUUUACGUUUCCGUCGCCGGUCCGUGGGUCGGUGGAUGAGCACUCCCUCGACAACCACAGAAUAGUCAAUGAGACAUUGUCGCUCAAGCCACAGGAAGAUAUAGAGGUUAGCUCGCAGAUGUUGUCUGAUUACACUUCUUCUGCGUCCAAUGCGAAUACUUACUCUGGUAACUCUUCCAACGGCUAUUACUCGUUCGCUAACAUCUCAGACAAUACCACCGCAUCUCCAAAGCUACACAAUCACAACAACAUGGUCUCGCCCAUACUGGAGAACACAGAGUCUUCGUUCCAACUGCAAACAGUGGAGUCUCUGGAUCCUCAGAGGCAGAGGAUACGGAGCACUUACGAGUACGGGCACAUGGGAAGUAAUCAAAAUCUAAGACAGACAAGGGAGAAGAGCAAGACAGCGGAAUCAAUAUCCACUACCAUAGCACAACAGACUAUUCCAACAGCUGAUAAUAUAUCUUUUGAUUUCUCCGACAUUUCAGGUUACGAGGACGCUGUUUCUAAUAAGAGUGAAAAUAAGAACCAUAAACCACAAAACUCAGUGGUGAAGAAUCAGCUAAGGGCUACUUCGAGAGCUGCCAUUAGUACAAACGAUUCACCUUCUCUAAGCAAUGUGUAUAUGUCCUCCCUUAUCAACUCCUCUUUGGAGUCUACGAGGAAGACUUCUACAGCAUCGAGUUCAGUAAGAUCAUCGAGGUCUUCCUUGAAAAGGUCUAAUGCAGUACGUUGCAAAGGUGGACUGUUACAGUAUUUCACAAAGUUAGGAAUAAAGAUUAGAAAAAACUGUAACAAACUGAGACUGGUGAUGAGACGUAAGUUGUUCAGAUUCAAGAAGAAUUCCAAGUCAUUUUCACGCUCCAAUAGUAUACGCAGUGGAUUGGAGAUAUCGAAACUGCCUAAAGUAAGGCAUGAAAAAAAGCUCAGACAGGAGUCUAGCUCUAUUGCACCACAUACAUUGCAUCAAAAGAGGACACACGGCUUUAACAACAAGUUGCACAAGUCUAUGUCUCUCAAGUCAUUACAACCAGCAUUGGUAUCGGAAACGGUUCCAGAAAUCAAUAAUAAUCUGCAUGAUAUCUUGGAAAGUAAGGAAAAGACUGCGGAUGUGCCUGCGGCUACCAAGACAAUGAAAACCACGCCAUCACUGAGACGUACGCCAUCAUCGAUUAGAAGGGCUGCGUCUAUCUUGACCUCUAAUGUGGCAACACCUAAGGCAUCCGCAAAUAACCGCAACUCGAUGAUCGAGUACGAUACUGUGGAGAACUCCAGGAUCUCUUCAAGGAACAGCAGUAUCAAGUCCAAAGGGAGAUUGGUACGCUCCAGUGGUUCCGUUGGUCUAUCGUCCAUUGCAAGACAGCCAUCCAUUGUGGUGAAGAACAAAGUGAUUCCACUUUCGAUGAGCAGAUUCUCCAUCAAGGAGGAGAUUAAAGAAGAGGAAGAAGAGAGUGAAGAGUCUACGAGCGAUUACUACGUCGAAACUGAGCCUGUGGAGGCUGCUCCAAGGACUUUGGCGGGACCAAAGUCCUACGCUCCGGAAAACUUUAGAUAUGGCGCCAACGUGGACGAUAUCAAGACCUUGUACAAGCACUACUUGAGCACAGUGAUCUCAAGACGCAUCAAGAUGAGACUAGAGAUGGCCCAGGGUGAGCACAGUGCAACUAACGAACCAGCGCUAACUCACCAGAGCACUGCCAGUCUCAAGGACCCUAUUGCCUCUGUUCUGACAGAAUACGACAGUGAGGGAUCGGAAGGCACCAACUUAUUUGACGAUGAGGACGAUUCCUCGGCCUCGGAGGAGGACGACGAAGUCGUCCUGCCUCCAUUGAAGGGACACAACAGCACCAUGAGCUUCGUGGUGCAGUCUCCAUUUACCAGGCAGAACUCCAUGGCAAGCUCCAGCGCGCUCUUGUACCUACCCGUGAAGCGUUCAUUGACCCUGCCCAUCGGCAUGAAGAUAACAUGA